CCGGAUAACACAGAGAACCAGGUGCCUAAUUUGGAUGUGAGUCUGAACCCAUCCGUAUUCAAUGUGUACUCGGCCGUCCGUCAGGCCGUCCUUGAACGAUGUAUGAAAGAGGCAAGCCAGAUCUAUCAUCAAAGCAUCACUGCUCAAUCAGACUCGGACAGCGAUGAUACUGGCGAUGAAAAAAACAAGGAGUCUACCAUAAAACUGCCAAAGAUUGUGACCUUUGGACUGAGUGGUCUAUUUGAGCUAGUACGAGAGACACGCACCAAGUACCCAGAGCUAUGUGUGCGGGCCCUGGAGGCCUUGCUCAACCUCCUACAGGGACAGCAACCGGAGAGUAUGAAAUUGGAGCCACCAGACAUCAUAGAUGGACUAUUCCAGCUCCUUAUGGAGGUGGCCAUGGUUGGGGGGUCAGAUUUGAGCCUGUCAUCUCUGGCCUGCUCCUCCCUCAUCUCGCUCACCGUGGCCCUGGGUGAUACCGGCAAGCUGCUCACCGCCAUCUCCUCAAUGUUGAUGAGUCCAGCUCCAUUGGCCAUGCAGAAUGUUACGGUGCCAGGCAUACUAACAUCACUACAGAAGAGUGUUCAGGCUGUACUUCUGGGUAAGACCCAGCUACCCGACUGGUUUAAUCAGGGCGUCAAGUCUGGGGGACUGAUCGACACAUUCACACUGGACAAAAUUCACACCAAUGAUACAACAGGCGGAAUAGACUGUGCAGUAGCAUCUGACGGCAAGUUUUUGUACAUAUUGGACAACAGAAAUGGAAUCGCAAAAGUGGGAACAGGUUAUGGAGAUACAACUAAGGGACACAUUUAUCUCCACAAAGAAUUUUCAGUGCCCACGUCAUGUGUGUGGCUUGCUUGUGCAGGGGAUCAGCUGUUCUGUCGGUCAGAUGAGAAUGCACAACCCUGUCUGUGUACCAUCAGUAAGGAUGACCUAUCCGUAAUCAACUCCUGUAAACUGGAUGGUAAGGGCCCUGGACCCAGUGCUUUGUUUAGUGACGGAGAAAACAUUGGUCAGAUCGCAGCAGCUAAAGACCAAGACAGUUUUGUGGUGCGCCUGUACAACCCGAAGGUCAGUCCAAUGACCGUGGCAGGAGAGCUGCCCCUAAAACUUACCCGCAAGUGUAUGGAUGUGUUCGGGACAGCCUCGUACGUCCAGAUCACAGAAAGACACUCAAUCAAUACUGCAUAUGAUGAGGAUUCUGUAGCAAUUACAGGAGCAAAAGACUUUGCACUGAUAAGAACUGUUGGUGGGAAGGUGUUAUACAGUGGGAAGUCUCAGUCCCUGGGCAUCAAACAGGGAGCACCUGCCCAGGGUAAGUGGGCGGAGCUACCUAUCACCAAGUCACCAAAGAUUGUGCAGGUCGCCACGGGACACGAGGGCCAGCAUGCCCUAAUGGUGUCAGAAGAUGGUAGCCUGUUCUUUGUUGGAACGCCACGACGUGGAGAGGAUGGAGAUACCAGCAUGUCCAAAGGAAGACGCCAACCAAAGGCUGUAAAACCAAAGAAGUUGGUUCGGUUUGAGUCCAAGACUGUGAUGCAGGCUGCUUGUAACAAUGGCAGCAGUGCGUUUGUUACCAAGGAGGGUGAAGUGUACAUGUUCGGGAAAGAUUCGUCCUACUGUGACCAUGCUAGUGGUCACGUGACGGACCUGAAGGACGUGGUUGUGACAAACAUUUGCCUGGGGAAGGCCCACGCCAUUGUACUUACCAACAAAGGUUUCAUCUAUAGCUUCGGUAUCAACAACAAGGGUCAGUGUGGCCGUGAUUUCCAGCCUGGUGGCUCCAAGGAAGCUAGUAACAACGUGACAAUGACUGAGGAGGAGGAGGAGACAGAACAGGAGGAGGCCAUUUGUGGUGCAGGGAGGCACAAGUGGAAGACAGACCUAUGUAUGGUGUGUUCUGUGUGUGGGGAAUGUACAGGGUAUGGUAUUGCAUGUGUUCACUCAGUACAGGGAGGCAGAAACCCUGGCAUGCCGUGUGGUUGUGGGUCUGGAGACUCGGGUUGUAGUGAGUGCGGUAUCUGUAAGAUGUGUGCCGCUGAACAGAGCAUGGAUGAGGCCCAACAAUUAGCUCACGUCCUCACAAAGAACAAGGACUUGGCCCAGUUGGACCUACUAGUUGGACCUAAAGGUGGUCGUAACCAUGGUACCCCUUUGGAACAGUUCUUCAAGCGUCUCCUGGAACGACCGGCCAAACAACACCAUCGGUCUGGUUCUAAAUCAUCAAACAAUAAACAGAAAGGCAAAUCACAGCCUGAAGUAGGAAGUGACCAGGAGACCGAGUAUAAUAAGGUGGUCAGUCUACCGCCUCUAGAGGUGACUGUCGGGGACGGAGACAUACCAGUCACACAGAUAUCCUGUGGUCAACACCACACAGUUGUGUUGCUUCAGUCUGGAGAGGUUUAUGCCUUUGGUAGUAACCAGUAUGGUCAACUAGGGCAAGGAGAUGUCACAGUCAGAGGUGUGCCAACGAAGGUCCACCUUCCACUGACCGCCACCCAGGUGGCUACAGGAGCCCAUCACUCUGUUGUCUUACUCUCCAAUGGUCAAGUUUACACAUUCGGAAAUUUCCAGAAAGGUGCCCUUGGUAGAGCAGGCCCUGACGAGGCAGGGGCCAAGACAAAGAAGGGGCUUUGGUAUGCCCUUCCUGGACCAGUACCUGGCAUCGGUGCCAGAUAUGGUCGGCGUGCGACCUGGAUAAAUGCCAGCGGAGACCAGACCUACAUGAGGAUUGAUGAGUCACUCAUCAACGCCCAUAUCUUAGCUUCCUCUAAAGUCUUCGCCAAUACAUCUUGUAUCGGUUUGAUUCCAAUGGGAGAAGAGCAUGCUGGAAUUAUGAAAUGUCUGAUGAUCAGUAAAACUGAUGGCAGCUGUCGCAGCCUUGGAGGUCAAGACCAGGUGGAUCUGUCCCAGGACUCUGUGUGUCUAGAUCCUGUGUAUGAUGUGCUGUGGAGUUACUCGCCAACAAAACAGGAGGUGGCCUGCUACAAUGUGAUGGCCUCAGAGGCACGGCCGCUCAAGUCUCAAGUUCAGAUGGCCAGCAUCCACGAUUUAUUCAAGCCAGAGAUUUCUGUACCUGUUAGGAUGGGUUAUCAGGCAACACGUUCUCACUGUGCCCUCCACUUACUAGGCUGUCUGGACACACUGACCUCGGCCCAGCUGUCCAAUCUUACUGUAAUGGAGGAGACCAAAGAGAAGAUGACCGCCUCCAAAGUCUACUGCAAGGAGGACUUCUCAGUGGUCAACAGGUUUGAAAGCCAUGGAGGAGGAUGGGGCUAUUCUGGUCACUCUGUAGAGGCUAUCCGCUUCAUGGUGGACACAGACAUCAUCCUUGGAGGCUAUGGACUCUUCGGUGGCCGUGGGGAGUACUAUGGUCGCAUCAAGUUGUUUGAGUUGGGUCCAGAUGGAGGCGAGAAUGAGUCUCAGGAUGGAGAACUGCUGGCCGAGACAGAGGAAAUGGCAUUUGAGUGUGGAGCUAGGGAGAAGUUUGCCAUGGUGUUUGAGGAGCCUGUGACUCUCCAGGCCAACAGUUGGUAUGUGGCAUGGGCGAGGAUCUCCGGUCCUAGCAGUGACUGUGGCUCCACAGGCCAGUCUGUCGUGACCACCGACGACCAAGUUGUAUUUAAGUUCAGAAGUUCUCGUAAGUCUAAUAACGGAACAGAUGUCAAUGCUGGUCAAAUUCCACAGUUGCUGUACAGACUGCCCUCGAGAGACAGCCCUGGAGCCGUGAGGAAGGUUGACCACACAGAGCCAGCCCAUGUCCUUAGUCCCGACUUUGCCUGCUCUGUUACACCAGAGAACUUUGAGGCACUGCUGAAGCUGUUACAGUGGAGCUGGAACACCUUCCACUCCUCUCUUGGAGAAAUGGAUGGCCUAAAGGGAGACAACUACAUGGCUGCCCUUUCAGACUUACGACGGGUGGAAUACAUCUGUAAGGCUAGCCUUUGUCUCCUACGGAUCUAUGUCACACAGAUUUACCCGGAUGGAAACAAGCUUCAGAAGGGGAUGCCAGAAUCCACAAAGCUAGCCCACUGUGUAGGCGACACACAGGACCUACUGCGGCGUAUCCUGGCUGAGGAAGUCCGUCCCACAAAAGUACAUAUGUACCUAUCGGAGCCUCCAGGCAAGGCGUUUGAGGAGCUAGAGGAAGAGAUCCUAUUGGAGUGUCACAGGACAUUCCGUGCCUGUUUUCAUGCCUUCUACCCCACUGGUAACCUCAAGUGGCUGUGUCUAUGUGACCUCCUCAACCAGCUAGAACCGGACAUGAUGAAUGUGAAUGGUUACGGCCGACUGCUGGCAGCUGUAAUGGAGGCCAUGUGCCACCCAACAAUCCGCCUCACCAAUAUAAUGCCCAUCAACUGUGAGCCACAAACAGAGGAGAUUCUGCGUCGACAAUCUGUCAUAAUGGACGACAAUACCAACAGUAUGGCUCGCCUGGGCGAGGUCCACAAAUUCCCUAUCCUUGUUGGCCACAUGACCUACCGCAUUGAGAUGUCUGGUAUUGGUGGUACUCACGUGACAUUCAAGGAAAUACUGGACAAGCUGCUGCUGAUUGUGAUGUUACCGGUGAGACAGGCGCUGAGUAGUGACAUGUCUCUCUACCCCACAGUACUGGUGGGCAAUACAUGUUCUCUACUCUCUACCAUCGUCAGCGAACUGUCUGCCACAGCCACUGGGCUUGAGAUGGAUCUCGGCACAACAACGCGCCCCCUGUUGGUGACCCCAAACAGGUUCACUCGCACGAGUCAGAGUGCGUACUGGAACACUGGGAAUGGCAGUCCGGAUGCUAUUUCCUUCAGUGUGGACAAGCCUGGCAUUGUGAUAGCUGGAGUGUGUGUCUACGGAGGGGAGGGGCGCUAUGAGUAUGAACUGGAAUUACUUGAUGAUAGUGAUGGUCCCACAGAUACCAACCAUGCUCAGCGGUGGCGAAGCAUAGAGUUUGUCAAGGGUACCUACAGUCCUGAGGACUGUGUCAAUGACAUUGCUGAAAUCAAGUUUGACCGCCCUGUCUCAAUCAAGGAAGGAGUGAAGUAUACAAUCAGACUGCGUAACCAUGGAGCCCGGACACUGAAUGGGGACAAUGGUAUUAACAAGGUCAAGUGUCCUGAUGGAACGACCUUCAACUUUGCUGCCUGUUCACUCAGUAGUAAUGGAACUAACCACAUGCGAGGACAGAUACCACAGAUCCUGUACUACAGUGCCCCACAGGAUGGAGAGUCCUAUCAACAGAACAGUAAGAGUCUGGCCGAGCUCCAGGCUCGUAAGAAUGCUAUUGAUAUAGUGGCCGCCAUCUGUAGGGCUACAACAGAUAUCCUACAUCGUGCCAACAGUCUGCCUGUGGAGGAGUCUGGAUCAAUCCUCGGUAACUCCCACCUGUUCUGUUCUCUGCUGCCACUUAUCUUGGCCUACAUUGGACCAGUAGCCUCUCAGGACCCAGUGGGAGCCGUACAAGUGCUAGGUAUGAUACAGGAGAUUCUGCCCGCCCUCACCAGCAUCAACAGUAAAGUAUCCCCACCCCUACCCUCCAUCGAUGGGGGCUUGGAGACCAAUGGGAGCACAACCUCACAUCACUAUGCUGUGGUGGAAAGUGACCAUCCCUAUAAACCAGCUACUGUAGCUAACUACAAGGUCAUAUUCCCCGAGUCUGUCAACUGGAUGGUGUUGGAGUUUGACCCCCUGUGUGGCACGGCCCAGGCUGAGGAUACACUUCAGCUGUUUAUUCCCAGCAGCCUCAACUCCAAUGAGGUCACCACCAGUAUUACCAAAGAAAUGGAUGAACUACCCUUAAAACAAAACUACAGUCCCCUCAGAAAAAAAUUCUCAGGGGGAGACAACUGGCCUAAGAAUGCAAUCAUUCUUCCAGGUUGUGAAGUAGUGUUUUCUUUAGAGACAGCAUCAGAUUACAUCAAGGACGAGAAGUCUUGUUUCUAUGGCUUUAAGUGCUGUAUUGUCGGAUAUGAAUGGAAUUCCAAACCUUCAGAGAACCUGAUGCAGCUAGAACAAGAGUUGGCCUACCUAGGUGGCAUGUGUGCUGGCUCUCUUAUCAAGAAGGAUAUCGGUCUACCUCCAGUGACGAUGGAGGAACUUGACGAGGACAUGGAUUUUAUAGAUGAGAGCACGCAGUUGGUAUUUAGUGCCCACUCAUCACUGCUGGAGAAAGGUUUUGCUCUGUCUCACCCUCCCACCAUCAUGCAGGCCCUGGAAGGUAAUCUACCAUUCUGCUGGCAGUCCAACGAGCGUUCCUUCCUCAAGGACUUUGUGUCCUGCAGCCCUGGCACUAGUGGUGGGCGAUUAGCAAGGUGGCUCCAGCCUGACUCCUACCUCGACCCUUCACAGUGUGAGAUUGUCUAUACCAAGGAGGAGCUUAAGUGUAGCUGGCCAGCAGUCAUCACCGUAUUGACCAAAGAUCAAUACAGCCAUCUGGUCAAUGUCCCAGAACUCAGGGUUGAGGUGAAGGCUGUCCCUGUAGAUAUGGGUGCACUGGGUGAGGAUGAGAAACGUGUCCGCAGACUGAGCCGACCAGACGAGGGCAACAUGACCUUUGGAGGUCACCCUCCUCCCUGUCUGGACACAGCUUAUGAACCAACAGUGAAGGACAGGAAGGAUGUCUUCCACGCCAUCUGUAUGAUGAAGGCAUAUGAGAACUACUCAUUCGAGGAGCUGAGGUUCGCAGCCCCAGCUGUUUUGCGACCAAGUGAGAACAUGCUGGUCAGAGCAAACAAUGAUGGAACAUUCAGUGCCAACUGGACACCGGGCAGUGUCGGCUUCUACAACAUCCAUGUCACUAUUGAUGGCUUUGAAGCAGGAGAGAUGGUCAAGGUGGAAGUGAAGGAGGCUCCCCAGGGGCUGACCCCACCCACAAAGAACGAGAAAAAGCCACACCAGCAAAUCAGGAUGCGUAGGUUUGUAGCAAAGAGCAGUGCAGGUCUGAGGAUACGAGUGAACCCUUCUCUCCAGAGUGAACAACUCGGGGUCAUACAACCUGAGGGCAUCAUUUCCUUUGUUGAUGAGGUCCACAAUGAUGACGGUGUGUGGCUACGACUGAGCCAGGAGUCCCUUAAUGAGUGGUGUAUCAGCGGCCACAUCGAGGGCUGGUGCCUCCAGUAUAACCAGCACCUGGGUAAGACCCUGCUCGUACCACUAGAUGAGCCGAAAUCUCUCAUGGACGAGAUCAUCAAGGAGACCAUCCUAAAGAAGCUGCCUGAGCUUGUCCGGGCGGAGUCUCACAAACCUAAGAGAGGACCAGGUGUUUACCAGGUGUUGAAGUGUGGGUCAUUUGGCCACAACAUCCGAUGUCGCCCUAGUCUCAAGGCCACACCUGUCGGCAUGCUGACGCUUGGGGACAGAAUCACUGCCCUUGAGGAUGUGACCAAUCAGGAUGGACUUUGGGUGAAGAUAGACCCUGAGAGUGCAGAGCAGUUCUGUCAACAGGAGGGUGAGACAUGGUCGUUGGUAGCAGGGAAGGAAGGAAUUGUGUACCUCCAACACGAAGAUGACAUCCCUGAACUGCCCCUUACUGGAGACAAGGACCCUUUCUCCUUCAACACCCUCAAUGCUGCUGUCGCCAAAGGCUUUGACUUCGGAGCUUCAACUCAGACCCCUUCUCAAUAUUCUGUGUUUGGUGCCCCUGGAUCUGUGUUUGGAGGGACUCACCCAUCUCCAGGUAACUUUGCCCGGAGUGCUAGUCUUCCAGCAAGUGCAUUUGCCUUUGGUAACCAGGGUGUGGGGCCCAAUGCACCAUCGUUUGGCCAGUCACCUGCACCAUCAUUUGGAAUGAGCAACGGCUACCACUCCGAAGGCGGGACAUCACAUACCAAAGAGCUGACCCGCGUCAACUCUCUUCCCUCAUCCAGCUUUGCAAGGAAGCGAUCAUCUCCAGUGUCCUAUUCACCCCAGACUAUGUCACCAGCUCGAUUCGACUCCCCAUCUCUUGCAGUCAUCACCAGCAAUAGGUCCCCUGCCCCAGGUUCGCCUAAAUCAUCCCGACGUGACGGCAAUUCUGUUCCCCCUGAACUGCAGGGUGUUUCUGUCAAGGAACUUGUCAAAGCUUUAGGUGAGAGUAGAGCCAAUGGAAAUGGCCCCACUCCAGUACCAUCACCUCCAGGCACACCUAAGAAAUGUGGGUCACGUAGCUCCAGUCCGCACUUGGCCCCAGACAGAUCAGCUUCCCCCAAAACUGGCUCCCCUAUUCGUAGUCUGAGUCCAAGAUUGGCCAAGGUGGACAGUAAACCAUCCAGGGGGGUGUCAGAGUCAUCAUCUCAGGCCUCCCUCAAAGACGAGACAUAUAGCACACCACCAGACAGUCCCAGCCUUGUCCGCCGUGCUCACCUCAAGAAGGAGGCCUCAUUUGACCGCGAUUCCCAGUCACCUCCAGGGUCACCAGCUGUCCGCCCAAAACACCAGCCUUCCGGUUCCGCACCAAGUAGUCAGAAAGAAGCAGGACUUGCUGGGCUUCCCCCCGCAGUGCCACGGAAAGGCAGUAUAGGAAGUCCUCAUACCUCUCCAGCAAGGAGUGGCAGGAGAGGAUCAGGAAGUCCCCGUCUACACUCCAGCCCCUCCCGAGCAUCACCUGUCAAUGUCUCGCCUACUCCAGGGUCAGGGAAUUCGGAUCGCUUGUUCAACAUCGGCUCAGCUUCUCCUAAGGAUGAAUCUCCCAGGAUGUCCCCAAAACCAAGCAGGAAGGAUAGGGGAAGACAAUUACGUUCAAAACGAGAAAGAGCCUCGUCUCCCUCCUCAAGGGACAUAACUCCAGUUGGAAGGGCGCGGUCAUCAUCAACAUCCUCAAUCCUAGACAAAGCUAAGGAUCCUGUGAAGGAUGCUCUGUCUCCAUCUGUGGCUGAGUGUCUUCGCUCUGUAUUUGCUGCUUUUCUGUGGCAUGAAGGAAUUGUACAUGAUGCCAUGGCCUGUGCAUCCUUUCUGAAGUUCCAUCCAGACCUUCAGAAAGAAAUGUCAAAGUAUGCAAACCGCAAGAAACAGGAGAAGAUGCGAGUGAGACAUGCAACAGAUUCCAGUAAGGAAUUCAACAAAAAGAAGGAGAACAUGAAUAUUAAUGAGGCGAGAGUGAGGUUUAAUCUGGAACCACAGUUGGUGCGUAGCGACUCGGACAGGUCAGAUAAGUCAGAUAAGUUGGACUUGUUAGAGAAAACGUUAGAGGUGAAGAAGGGUAAGGAUGGUUUGUACAGGAAGACUACAGUGGAACGUCACAAAUCUGAGGGAGUUUUGUUUGUUGCAGAUGAUGAUGACAAGGCAUCACCCCUUCCCCCAACACUCCAUCACCUGGUCUACUUCUGGGAGGAGCUGUCCUCAUCCGUCCUCAGGGUCAUUACACAGGAGCUCAUAUACCCCAGUCCUGCAGUCAUGCUCCGCAACAAGAAGAGCGAGAAGAAAGACAAAGAGAAAGAUAAGAAGAGCAAGAAGAAGAAAGAGAAAGUACCGUGGCGGGAGAAUGCUGUUGGGGAUGCCAUGGCGGGUGUGUUUGCUGGGGGCGGGCCUGACAAGGGGGAGACAUCAUGUGAACUGUGUGGGUUAAUGUUCUCACACCCAGUCACAUUCCACAUGCGACAGACGCACCCUGGAUGUGGCAGACACGCUGGAGGUAAAGGCUACAACAGCAGUGGUAACUACUGUGGAGGCUGGGCCGGGAACUGUGGGGAAGGGGGAUACGGGGGCAGUAGUUGGUACCUCAUAUGUGAGCGAUGUCGCGAGAAGUACCUCAAGGAGAAACGCCAACAACUGAAAGACAAAGAGAAGGUGAAAAAAAUGAAAAAGAAGAACAAUCAGUCAAGACAGAGUGUGCUGACAACACAGGAACCUCAUAUUGUGCUCAAGAACAAUGCAAUGUUUCUGAUGGACCUGGCCAGUGCUUCUGGGAUUACUAUCCCCAUUCAGACACACAAGAAGUACCAUGGUGUGAGUCGGUCUGACCUCUUCCUGCCCAGUGUUUAUGAGGAGUAUGGGUCGGAGCUAAACCCCUUCCCUCCUGUGCCAUUCCAAUACCUCAUAUCUCAGAGCGCCCAGAACUCAGACUCUGCCUUCGCUGAUGACUUCUUCAUCGACAUGGAUGAGCGUGUUUUUGUCAGGUCAGGAUCACUCAGCAUCACACAGAAACAAUCAUUCCUAAGACCCAGGCUACCGACUGAGCCCCGCCACAGUCCAUUAGCUAGAUCCGGGUCUUUGGGUCAAGAUAUCCGACCGCCUCUGUCUCAAAUAUCUCCUUCUAGUCCCAAGGAUUCCAGUAUGAAUGCCUCUAGUGAAUCAGAUAAACCGGUGCCGAAGAGUGCAGGAACAAGUCCAGACUCUGAACUGGAACAAGUCCACAAAAAGACAGCCUUCCAGAGGAGCAUAUCAGAGAUAGUAUCCGAUAGUGACGAAGGGUUCGGGGGUAACGACAGAAAUAGACAGUAUGCAGGACGACGGAGAAACAACAGCGGGGGCGUGGCAGAUGGUGGUAUGUCGUUGAUCAAACACCCAUCUGCUGCCAUGUCUAAGCUGAUGACCACAGUGGAAAAGUCGAACUCAUCACGAAUAGAGGGUGACCGAACACUCCAACGUCCAGUGAUGGCUUUCAUUGUGCAGAGACAUGACCUAGAUGGUCUCCAGCUGGCCAUGAAACAGGCCCUGAGGAAGGCCACUUGCCGGGUGUUUGCUUUGCAGGCCAUGAACUGGUUGAUGAGGACAGUGUCACGUACUGUAUGUAUCCACGACCUACUGUGGUACCUGGUGACGUCCCUCACCCCUUCCCUGGGGGAGGAGGAGGAAGAGGAAGAAGAAGAGGAUAAGGAUAAAGAAAAAGACAAGGAUAAAGAGAAGAAAGCACCAAAGAAGGAGCCGCCAAACAAGAAAGAUGUAGAGGAAGCGCCACUGUGUGAACAUCCCCUGGCAGAUAUCAAGAUAGCUGGCAGUGCUGUGGACCCUCUCCCAGAGGUGUUCCACACCCUCCUACAAACUAUAGCCGAUGUCAUGAUGCAUCUUCCCUGGGGAUCAGCAGUACAGUUGAUGGCUGUCAGAUGUUUCUGCCUGAAGUUCCAGCAGACAGACCAUCAGUUUCUACACGAGUGUCAUGUGUUCAGCAACAUCAGUCGCAUUCUCAGUAAAUCUGAUGAAGAGAAGGAGGAGAAUGACAUCGGGGAGCCACCAGUGGCUUCCCAUCGGAUCUGGCAACUAAAAGAUCUGACUGCCAACGCAGACAUCCAGGCCUCCAGUCGACAGGCUAUGAUAGCCAGUCUCACAGACAAUUCCACAGAAACAUUCUGGGAGAGUGGUGAUGAGGACAGGAACAAGAUGAAGACUGUGACAAUCAACUGUCACAAUCGGUCACUGCCUAAAGUAGUGUAUGUCCAUAUAGACAAUACACGCGACCUGGGGAGUAAAGUUAACAUAAUGGGGAUCAGUGCUGGUGGUAAUACAGAGGAGCUGAAAAAACUGCAGCAGGUAGAUAUCGAGACUCGUCAGAGUGGCUGGAUCAGCUGUCACAUCCCAGACACACAGUACCGCUGUAUCCAGCUGGAGCUGAAAGGGCCUGACCACAGCCUCCGUGUCCGACAGAUCAAGGUCCUUGGAGACCGCGAGGGAGAGAACGCCGGCAUCCCUGCCAAGAAAUCUGCCCAGGACCUGCAACAAGACAGCUGUGAGGCAGAGACUCUCAAAGUGUUCAGACUGCUCACCUCACAGGUGUUUGGGAAACUCGUCAAUGAGAAGGUUGACCACGGUGGACUGGUCAGCGGGGACAGUCUAGAUGGGGACCACAACCUCAAGGAACACAUGGUCGGCAUUCUGUUCAGUCGCAGUGGCAAACUUUCCCAUCUACAGAAACAGGUGUGUUCCCACAUAGUACAGGGUAUCCGUAAGGAGACUAGCCGAGUUAGGGACGAAUGGGAGGUGUCACUCAACAAUAACCAGCAAAUCCAUGAUACCAGUGACCAAGAUGUCUAUUGUUUUGAGCUAUUGUCUAUGGUGCUAGCCCUGAGUGGAUCUGGUGUGGGUAGAGCCUACCUGGCUCAACAGUACCCACUUCUCCAGGACCUCUUCAGCCUACUACAUACUGGAUCCCCCAGGGUACAGAGACAGGUAAUAGCGGUGUUGCGGCGUGUCCUACCAGAUGUAAAGCCCCAGACAUUGGCCAGCAUCCUGUCUGUGACAUCACUUCCUCCAGCCGAGUACAGUAUUGUUAACCUUGCCAGCCGGGAUGAGGGUGAUUCCUCGUUCCACCCGGAGAAACCUAAUAUCCUUGAUGUUCUGUUGUCAUGUGUCAGUAAGGCUCUCACUGUACAAACCAAGGUGAAGGUCAGUGGACCCCAGAAGGGAGUUAGCAGUCUGACUUUGUCCGAGUGCCUGGACGAGAAAAGCUCAAAACGGGCGUCCGGUCCACGUUGGUGGAUGAGGGGUAAGAUGUCAGCUGUCCUCGCCAAUAACAUCAUCUGUCUGAUCCACGACAUGGGCAAGGGACAGUUGUCUGAGACGUGGGCAACAGUGACAAAAGCAGCCAUUGCUGAGGCGAUUCUCAACCUCACCAAACUGGACGAGGCACACAGGGUACCUGAAGCCUGUAUCAAGACUCCAACACUGUGGCUUGCCCUGGCCUCUCUCUGUGUACUGGACCAAGACCAUGUGGAGAGACUGACCUCAGGUCAGUGGGUCAGCAGCCCUAACGGCCAGCAUGGACAACCGAGGCCAACAUGUGAUAACCAUGACGACGGGGAGACCCAGGCCAUCAUCUUGUGUAACGAGUGUGGCAACCUCUGUGCUGAGUGUGACCGCUUCCUACAUCUCCCGCGCAAAAAACGGACUCACCAACGCCAGACCUGGGCCCAUUCAGAGUCCACAUCUACUUGGUCAGACCAUCAGGUGUUUAAGGAAGAGGAGGAGGCAAUCAAGGUUGACCUUCAUGAGGGAUGUGGUCGGACCAAACUAUUCUGGGUCAUGUCCCUGGCUGACUCCAAGACUCUGAAGGCUAUGGUGGAGUUUCGGGAGGGUCGUACCUCAGCCGGGGGUGCUGGUCCUGGUACUUGUCGGUUCUGUGGUACCAGUAACAACACAGGACUCCUAGCCAUUGGUAAUGUGUGUGCUGAUGCCGAGUGUCAGGAGCAUGCUCAGAAUGCCUGUACCAAGGUGCUACCGUGUGGUCAUGCCUGUGGAGGUAUCAAGAAUGAGGAUCCUUGUCUGCCCUGUCUCCAUCGCUGUCGCACGGAAAACCAGGAGUCGCUCAAACAGGAUGCUGAUGACAUGUGUAUGAUCUGCUUCACUGAGGCUCUUGCUGCGGCACCUGCAAUCAAGCUGAAGUGUAACCACCUGUUCCAUUUACACUGUACCAAGAACAUCCUAGAGAAGUGCUGGGUCGGCCCACGAAUCACCUUCGGAUUCUCACUCUGUCCAAUAUGCAAGAGUACAAUAGAACAGCCAGUGUUACGUGACCAACUGAAGCCUAUCAGAGACCUGUACAGCGACGUAAAGAGGAAGGCUAUGAUGAGACUGGAGUAUGAGGGACUACACAAGGCCGAGGCCAUCACCACACCUGGGGCUCGAUUCUACCAGGACCCCGCAGGAUUUGCCAUGGAGAGAUAUGCCUAUUAUGUCUGCUACAAAUGUAAAAAGGCAUACUACGGAGGUGAGGCUCGCUGUGAUGAGCAGGCUGGUGUCGCUGAAGACUAUGACCCACAGGAGCUGGUGUGUGGGGGUUGUUCUGAUAUUUCCCGGGCCCAGAUGUGUCCUAAACAUGGAACAGACUUCCUGGAAUACAAAUGUCGCUACUGCUGCUCUGUCGCCGUCUUCUUCUGCUUCGGGACAACUCACUUCUGUAACAUCUGUCACGAUGACUUCCAGCGUGUCACCAACCUGCCCAAGAGCGAGCUUCCUCACUGUCCAGCAGGUCCUAGAGGGAAACAGCUUGAAGGAGACGAAUGCCCACUGCACGUUCAGCACCCGCCCACUGGGGAGGAGUUUGCUUUGGGAUGCGGAGUUUGUAGAAAUGCGCACACAUUUUAGCUUCACAACAGAGGACUUUAACUCGGAUUCAGGCUCUAGCAUGUUUUAACCUGGCCAGUAGUGUUAUGUUUGGGUUCGGGAAUACCUACAGGGUUCAACUCCAGUACGUCAGUAGUUUAACAGUGUUAAAAACAUGUUGUUUAGACGCAGUGUAUAGAAACUGUGUGGCUGUCAACACCACACUUAAAAGUGCUCCUCUAUCAUCUUUGGGUGAAAUCAUGUGUAGUAUUUUAAAUUGUUGGUUGCUUUUAACUAGACUAUGACUUUCACCUUACUCACAAUCUCUGCCUGUACUUGCUUUGUUCAUGGUAACACAAAUGAAAUAACUUUAUCAUUGCCAAAGACCAACAAAUGAAUUUUAAUAUUGUUAUUGAGUAAUUACUAUAGUUGUUACUGGUUAUUGCCAGGAUAAUGAAAUGUUACCGAUACAAAUAUUUGUUAUCAUUAGAUGUCAUUGGGGAAAACCUACAGCACAGCAAGCAUCUCUUUACAAUUUCUAUGAAAUGAAGAGAAAAAACAACAAAAAUAUUAUAUUUAGAAAAAUCAUCAUUUUACCUAUUCCAGUGCUAAAGUUUGUUCACAAGUCAAGGAUAAACUGAAACUUUCUGUUGAAUUGCACAUUAUUACAGCUUCUGUAUCCAAAUCUGUAGAAGCAUGCAGGUUACUGUUUCAGAAUGUAAAAGUCAGUUAUCUCUGAUACUGAAGCUGAUUGGUACUCCAAACUAUCCUUCAGAUUUUGUGAAUAGGUCAUUAGAACCUCGUUUUGGACUGGUCUGAGAGUAUAGGCUAGAAUAUCUACAUGGUCAGUGGACUGAAUAGAUAGAUCUCUUUGUUGGGAUAUUUAGUAUCAGUUCCUAAAUGACAUGAUGAAUACAAUCGGUUAAUAUUUAUUUCUAGGAUAUAUAUUGCUACCUUUAAUACGAUCUUAAUGAGGUUUUUAAAUUCAGUUCCAUAACAAAUUGUUAACUAUAUUUCAUGAACUGCAACUUAACUUGGUAAAUUAAUAUACGAAAUGUUGGAGAGGCACACGAGGGCAUGCAUGGAUACUUUGAAUGAUCAGAUGAAUGUAAGGAAGAUAACUUUUAGUGUUGGUACAAUCUUAAGGUAGCAUAUAAUCUCAAAUCAGUAUGGAAGAUUUAAUUUCUGGAAAAUGUGUUGGUCAUUUAUUUUUUCCAUUCCAAAUAUAUAGCUGUCUAGUCUGCCUCGGUUGUCUACAAGGUUUCAAUGAAAUAGGAAUAUAUCGGUGUCAUGGUUGAUUUUGUUUUCUAUGAAAGGUUUUAUUUUCAGCAAUGCUUUGUUUUGACAUCUUCAGGAUUGGUGGGGUAUUUUGAGUGAUACAUAUGAAUUCCACUUGUUAGAAACCUAUCAGAAGGGUGGAGUGAUGGUGUAUAAGAGGAGUGGAAGUGUUAUGACAAUGAGUAUGUCUAGAGGUGGUAAAGUGUUGAUAACGAUAGUGUAUUGGCGUGGAAGUGAAAUGACAUUGAGGAGGUUCUACAAAUGAUGUAGUAUUGCUUAUACUUUGUAACUGUUAAUGAGAGCAACUGAUACAGAAAAGGGUACCAAUAUUACCAGUAAUGUGAAUGAGAUUUCUCUUUACCUUUGUUUUGUCUGCCUAACCAGUGGACAGCAUACACUUGUUUAAAUAUCGGCUUUGAUUGACAUCAAAAUGACUAAUUCAUUAAUCAGAAUUGUAUGUAAUGCAGGAAAUCUUUGAAAAUGAGUUGUGAUGAUUAUAUGUAUAAAUAUAUAUACUGUGGGACUCGUUGAUUAAACCUCCCAUACAGCUGAACACUACAAAUGUUCAGUGCUACAAAAUGCUUUACCAGUUUAAAGAAGUUGAAAUCUACAUAAUUAUAAUGAUUAUUAUUACUUGUACCUUUGAUACCGUUACGGAUGUUUGCUGCUUGGAGGCCAGACAGCUGUGUGGUGUAAUGGGAGAUGAUUGGGAUAUCUGUGGGUAGCUUUGUAAAGCAUUCCUCCCUCCUACCCGAUGGUUUAGUAUUUUAUAUAUAACUGUGAUAUAUUUGACUGUUUUUUCAGGCAAAUAAAAUUUUAGACAU